GUUUGUGAUGCAGUCGGUCUGACACACAAAGGGAGGAGGAGGCGGGGAGACAGGCUGUCAGUUGCCGGUGCAGCAGCACAGCAGCUCGGCGGAGGCAGCAAACAGCACCCGGCACUCCCGGUCCCAUCUUCCCAUUACUAUUCUCCAUUCCCCCCUCCUUGUCAUCCAUCAGAUAUGUCAGCCAGACCUGGUUUUUACCGCCAGGAGCUGAAUAAGACGGUGUGGGAGGUUCCGGAACGAUACCAGAACCUGACGCCGGUGGGGUCCGGAGCCUACGGUUCGGUGUGUUCGGCCUACGAUGUGGUCUUGCGACAGAAGGUGGCUGUGAAGAAGCUCUCCAGGCCUUUUCAGUCGCUCAUCCACAGUCGACGUUCGUACCGGGAACUCAGGCUCCUCAAGCACAUGAAACACGAGAACGUAAUAGGGCUGCUGGAUGUCUUCACACCUGCUGCGGCACUUGAAGAAUUCAAUGAACUCUACCUGGUGACCAACCUGAUGGGUGCAGACCUCAAUAACAUUGUCAAAUUCCAAAGGCUGUCAGACGAACAUGUUCAGUUUUUAAUUUAUCAGCUACUCCGUGGCCUCAAGUACAUCCAUUCAGCUGGAUUGAUUCACAGAGACCUUAAACCGAGCAAUGUGGCUGUUAAUGAAGAUUGUGAGCUGAGGAUCCUUGACUUUGGCUUGGCGAGGCAAACAGACGACGAGAUGACAGGGUACGUGGCGACUCGCUGGUAUCGAGCGCCGGAAAUCAUGCUAAACUGGAUGCAUUACAAUCAGAAUGUUGAUAUUUGGUCGGUGGGAUGCAUUAUGGGAGAGCUGCUAAAGGGAAAAGUCCUUUUUCCCGGCACUGACUAUAUUGACCAGCUGAAGAGAAUCAUGGAGAUGGUGGGAACGCCGACGCCUGACCUCUUGAAGAAGAUCUGCUCCGAGCAUGCACAGAAGUACAUCCAGUCUCUGCCUUUUAUGCCCCAGCAAGAUCUGGAGAAGAUCUUCAGGGGAGCCAAUCCACUAGCUGUAGAUCUGCUUAAGCGUAUGCUGGUUCUGGACUGUGAUGGGAGAAUCUCAGCCAAGGAGGCUCUCUCCCACCCUUAUUUCUCCCAGUACCACGACCCGGACGAUGAACCGGAGGCGCCGCCUUAUGAUCAGACACUUGAGAGUAAAGACCGCACUCUAGAAGAAUGGAAAGAGUUGGUGUUCACGGAAGUAAACGGCUUCAAAGCAUCCGUCGGAAAGACUGACAGCCUUCAGGUGGAGCAGUGAGGCUACCAUCUCAAAGAGUCAGCGCACUUAGGCGCUAACAAGACAAGCGGUUCGCCCGAAAGACGAGCAACAGACAUCCCAAACAACUGGAGUGUUUACAGACAUGGUUUACAGACACCACGCACGCUAGGAUUUCCAAAGCGAGAACAAAAAAAACACCAUCUGCUUCCUCGUUAUUGCAACACUUUUGUUUGUGUUUAAAGACUUGCAUCAAUGCCCGCUUCCUACUAACUGCUACUGCAUGAGUGUAUUAUAUCAACACGGUGUAUUAAGAAACUAGCCUGCAGGUUAGGGAGAGGAAAUUUGCCAAGAAUCAUUAUCAUAAAUCAGUGAUUCAAGUCAUUUCUAGUUUACACAGUAGUCAACACCAAGUGUGCUUUUAAUUACCAAUGUAUGAAAUACUGCAGGCCUGUGUUUACAGUGUGUCCUAUGAUUUCUUGAUGGAAAUGUUUUACUGCCCAUAAAGUGACUGAUUUUAGCAUCACUUUGUACCACAAAGGCGCCACGUCCGAUGAAUGCGAUGUCAUAUAUGAAUGCUGUACUUUCAGGGUGAGUUGCAACAGUCCAGUGAAUGUAGAGGUAUAGAAUGUACAUAAAGUAUGUUAUGUUGUCUGGAUAAAUGGUGUUCACCUUUCUUUGAAAUGUACUUUUAUAUUGUGUGGAGUGUGGCUUUUCAUCUUAUAAACAC